CAGCACAGAGUGACAGUGAGACAUUCGAGUUCGCGGCCGCCCGUUGCCGGAAUUUGUUGUUUUUCAAUCGUGAAUUUAUAAAAUGAAAAGAAUUACCGGAUUUCAGUUAUUAAAAUAUAUCUUUUAGAUUUAUAUGUAUAUAAUACAUUAUACUGAACAAUGGCAGCAAUUCUUGGUGGUGGGUUAGGUGGCUUGUCGACGGGUUACUAUUUGUUAAAAAAUAAUCUGAGUAACAACAACAACUUGAAAUUACUUCUACUAGAAGCUACAGACUACUGCGGAGGAUGGAUAAAGUCUAUUAAAACUAAAGAUUAUAUAUUCGAACAAGGUCCAAGAACGAUCCGACCCAGGGGAACCGUCGGACUAAACACAUUAAAUAUGAUGCAGGAUUUAGGCCUUAGCCAGCACGUUUCAGCUAUAAAACCUGACCAUCCAGCUGCUAGGAACAGAAUGAUAUACGUCAAUAACACAUUGCACAUGUUACCGUCCAAUUUGAUGGGAGUUUUUCAGAAAAGUAAACCUUUUACAAAACCACUGAUUUAUGCAGUAUUGAACGAUCUCAAAUCGCCACAUAAAGAGCUAAAAGAUGACUCGAUAUACAACUUUGUUGAUAGGAGGUUUGGUAGGGAGAUAGCGGACUAUGCAAUCUCUCCAAUGAUCUGUGGUAUCUGUGCUGGAGAUGCCAAGGAAAUUUCAGUAAAGUUCCUCAUGAAAACUUUAUUUGAAUACGAACAGAAGGAUGGCGGGGUGGUGAAAGGUGUGAUGAAGUCAUUGUUUAAAACUAAGAAUCAGGAAGAGAUAGAGAUGAGUGAACUUGCAAAACAAGCAGUAGAGGAAAAGUGGAGUGUCUACACAAUAAAAGGAGGCCUCGACACUAUCCCAGCUGUCAUGCGGCAGUACUUGAAGGAAAACAAUGUAGAUCUGCAGCUGAACUGUAAAGUAGAAGAAAUUCAGUUCAUUGAUUCAAGCUUAGUUAAUCUUAAGAAAGGGAAUGGGGAAAUUUUGCCAGCAAAUCAUGUUUACUCAUCAAUUCCAGCACAUGUUCUAGCUAAUUUAGUGUCAAAACAGCAUCCUCAACUGUCAAAAUUACUAAAUGACAUACCAUUUGUAACAGUGGGUAUUGUAAACUUGUAUUUUGACACACAGAAGCCUUUGAUAACACCAGCAUUUGGUUUCCUGGUCCCUCCAAUGGAAAAUUCUCCUAUAUUAGGUGUUGUUUUUGAUUCUUGCUGCAUUCCAGAUCAAAAUGGAACAGUUUUGACUGUCAUGUUAGGUGGGAGGUGGUUUGUAGAGAAGUUUGGAUCUGAUGUCACCAAGGAAAAGUUGUUUGAUAUUGCUGUGAAGGAAAUUAAAGCCAUUCUUAAAAUUGAUGAAUCAGUUUCAGCGUAUCAUGUGAACAUUUUACAUAAAUGUAUACCCCAGUAUGUGGUAGGGCAUUAUGAACGAGUUGCCGCUAUUAGAGAGUACAUAAGCAGUAAUAACUUGCCUAUCUCACUUGUGGGCAGUAGUUAUGAUGGUGUUGGUAUAAAUGAUGUGAUUUACUCAGCAAAAACUCAAGUUGAAGAUGAUGUUAAUAAGUAAAACAUCUUUGGUAGUUGUUAGCAGCAUUCUUUAUUGAAAAUGAUUACAAGAUAAUUUUGGUCUUAGUCUUUUUCAGAUAGAAUGGGUACAGUGACAAUCACCAGUAUGACAUUCAUAAUACAUACAUACAUUCAUAAUAUUGUGAAUUGCGGCAAACUUUCAAGAGUGAAAUGAACUGUCACCCACACCAUCCUACAUGAAACGAACUGUAGUUGGCAAUAUUUUAAACAUUAUAUACAUCAACAUAAUUUGAGUGUCUCUAACAACAAUUUAAUGUUUCUGAACAUGUAGAUUGUAGUGAAUGUAUUUUCACUGUAAAUAUGUUAGGUAUAGGUGCUAUGUGUUAUGUCUGACUGAAUAAUACUCGACAUACAUUCUCAUGAGAAAUGUGAUUUCUUUGUGUGUGUGAUUUGAAAUCACAUUUUCUUUUCUCAAUUUGAAUUAUAAGUAAUGCUUAAGACAACAUACUUGUGAUGUGAUGACACAGUUAAAACAAUUUGAGAAUUAACUACUGUUGCUUUAUUGUACAUUUACAUAUUUUACCAACUAAUACAAUCUCAAGAAUAUAAAUUAAAAUGUGGUUAUUGUUGUGAUGGGUCAUGGGGGUCACUUUGACCCCUUUGGAUAUAUCAGCUUAAAUACCCACUCUAAGUGCUUACCGUACUGCAGAUCUGUAUGGUAAGAAAACUAUGUCUUCCAAUGAAAAAAUAAAUGAAAUAGAGCUAUUAAGUUUUAGAAUAAUUAUGUUUAAAUUAAUAAAUAUUAUGUUGACCUAAGCUUCAAUUUAGAAUGAGAGGCAACUUUGGCCAGAUAUAUGUCAUUUUAUAAAGGCUGAAAGCCAGCCUAUACUCCUACCAAUUUUUUUUAAAUAAGAUAAUGUGUCUGGCUAUAGCAGACUCAAUCCAACACGUGAAUUAUUCUUAUACAUUGAACUUACUCAGGAAACAUGUUCAUUUUCUAAUUUUUUACGUGUUUGCAAAGAGAAUUACUAAUUUGUUUUUAUUGUUUGUUAUUUGUUGGUAAUAAAUUAUUUUCUAUGUA